UAUACUUUAUCAACUGAAAACUGUAUUUUUUUUUUCCCGCUUUACUAUCGUAGUUACUGAAAAGAAAAAUAUUUCUGUGAAUCUAGGUACAGCUUUCAUAGGCUGUUAGAUUUUUGAAAGUUCAAAAUUGGAAUUGGUUGCGUUAAGCGAUUACACAUUAGAUUCUACUGAGGAAACGAGAUCUCUCGACCUUUUACCAGAAAAUGAUAUUUUCAUAUCUGUUUAGCUGUAAAAAAAAUAAAAAUCUAUUUAUGUGAUGUGUUUGAUAGUGAAAUCAGAAUAUGAUUAUGAUCUUAAGCUCUCUUAGGGGACUCUCUAACUUGACAUAUACUUUCAAUUUGGCUUUCCAUGGAAAAGGUGCUUCACAAUGUCCAAAUCAAGUUUUCCAGCUUGCUCAUCUUCAUUUGUCUCCAGAAAUCCAUUUACCCUUGCAGAGUCUCAUAGAAAGGUGCAAAUCCAUGGACCAACUUAGACAGAUUCACUCAGUAAUAAUCCAAAAAGGCCUUAUUUCUGAUCCUAAACUCUGCUCCAAUAUUAUAGCCUUUUGUUCUAAUAAUGAAUUAGGUGAUAUGAAAUAUGCUCGUUCUGUGUUUGACAUAAUGCCUGAACGAGGAGUUUUCAUUUGGAAUACAAUGAUCAAGGGCUAUUCAAGAGAAAAUAGUCCCCAAAAUGGAGUGUCAAUUUACCGAGAGAUGUUAAAUAACAAUGUACAACCAGAUAAUUAUACGUUUCCUUUCUUGCUCAAGGGUUUUACUCGUGAAGUAUCGUUAAAAUUGGGGAAAAGUAUGCAUGCUCAUGUAUGUAAAUUCGGGUUUGAGUUAAAUGAGUUUGUUCAUCAUGCUUUGAUUCAUGUGUACGGUUUGUGUGGGCAAGUUGAUAUGGCUCGUGGGGUAUUUGAUUUGAGUGCUAAAAGUGAUAUACUUAUUUGGAAUUCUAUGAUUUCGGGGUACAACAGGUCCAAGCAAUUUGGAGAGUCAAGGAAACUCUUCUAUGCAAUGGAGGAGAAGCAAUUGCAGCCUACUUCGGUAACUCUCAUCUCAGUGAUAUCAGCUCUUUCGCAGCUUAAGGAUUUAGAUACUAGCAACCGAGUUCAUCAAUAUGUUAAGGACUAUAAGGUACAGUCUAGUUUGGUGUUGGACAAUGCUAUAGUUGACCUGUAUGCGAGUUCUGGAAAGAUGGAUGUUGCACUUGGCCUAUUUCAGAGCAUGAAGCAUAAAGAUGUUAUAUCAUGGACCACAAUUGUCAAAGGUUUCGUUAACAUUGGACAAGUUAAUGUGGCUCGGAAAUAUUUUGAUCAGAUGCCAAAGAGGGAUAAUAUUUCUUGGACAGCGAUGAUGGAUGGAUAUGUCAAAGAAAACCGAUUUAAAGAUGUGUUGAUGCUCUUCCGUGAAAUGCAAGCAGCAAAGAUACGACCAGAUGAGUUCACUAUGGUUAGCAUCCUUACCACCUGUGCACAUCUUGGGGCUCUUGAACUUGGAGAGUGGAUCAAGACUUACAUUGACAAGAACAAAAUUAAGGUUGACGUACACCUCGGUAAUGCUGUCAUAGACAUGUACUUUAAGUGUGGGAAUGUGGAGAAGGCAUUGAUGAUGUUUACUCAAAUGCCUUGUAGGGACAAAUUCACGUGGACGGCCAUGAUUAUCGGUCUUGCAUCUAAUGGGCAUGAGAGAGAAGCUCUAGAUAUGUUCUUUGAGAUGCUGAGAGCUUCAGAAACACCAGAUGACGUGACUUACAUUGGUGUUCUUAGUGCUUGUACUCAUAUGGGUAUGGUAGACGAAGGAAAAAGCUUCUUCGCUAACAUGGCCUCUCAGCAUGGCAUUCAACCUAAUGUUAUACAUUAUGGCUGUCUGGUUGAUCUUCUUGGUCGAGCAGGGCGUUUGGAGGGAGCUUAUGAAGUUAUAAAGAGUAUGCCAGUGAAACCAAAUUCAAUUGUUUGGGGAGCUCUUCUUGGUGCUUGCAGAAUUCACAAGGAUGUUCAAAUGGCUGAAAUUGCAGCUCAACAACUUCUUCAGCUAGAGCCUGGAAACGGGGCUGUCUAUGUUCUCUUGUGUAAUAUAUAUGCAGCUUGCAAAAAAUGGGAUAACUUGCGCGAAACAAGAAGAAUAAUGACAGAUCGCGGGAUCAAGAAGACACCAGGUUGUAGUCUGAUAGAGAUGCAUGGAAUUGUUCAUGAAUUCGUUGCAGGGGAUCAGUCUCAUCCUCAAUCUAAAAGCAUAUAUUCGAAGUUGGCUGAGUUGAUUGGAGAAUUAAAAUUUUCCGGUUAUGUUCCAGAUACUUCAGAGGUUUCUCUUGACAUAGGAGAAGAUGAGAAAGAGAACUCCCUUAAUCGACACAGUGAGAAGUUGGCGAUUGCAUUUGCUCUAAUCAAUUCUGAACCUGGAUUCACUAUUAGGAUAGUGAAAAACCUUAGAAUAUGUACAGAUUGCCACCAUGUAGCAAAGUUAAUAUCGGAACGUUACAAUCGAAAACUAAUUAUUAGAGACAGGACCAGAUUCCACCAUUUUGUACAAGGUUCAUGCUCUUGUAAAGAUUAUUGGUGAUCCUCUAUCAUUUUCGUUUUA